UGAGUGGCCAAUCCCUGGCCGGGAGCCAACCGACUCUCACUGACCCCUUUCCUUGCCCAGCCAGCCAGCCAGCCAGCCAGCCAGCAAGUCUGCCAGUGCGGGCACAGACCAGGUUCCCUCCGGGGCCCAAACCAAGGCCACUACCGUCGAUGAUGCUCCAACAUAAUCGUCGCUGUUGGUGCUCCGCCAGGUGCCAGGGCCGCCGUACGACCGUGCUUGCUUGCCGGUCCAUGCCCUCUUCAGACAAACGCCUCAAAACCCACCCAGGUCUGCCAGGCUCGCCUGCUAGCCCCGCUGUUCCUCUCGCCUGUGCCCAUUCUACGUCGUACACCUUGCCUGCUAUCCACCGGGCUACCCAAAAUAACCACCGCCACCGCUGGCACUGGGCUGCUGCACGAGCCACCCGGGCCACCACCACCACCACCCAUCGUUGGAUCCCAGCUGUCCGGCACCCCGACGCUGCCCACCUGCCCGCUCACCCGCCUGUGAAGCCAAACCUAUCCUGUCCAACUGACCGACCGACCGACUGGCCGGCUACCAAAUCUCACCUUGUCCCAUCUGCUUGCUCCCUCUCUGGUUCGGUUCACCUUUGCCUCAGCUCCUACUUACGCCCUCUUGCACCGUCCGUCCGCCCGCCUGUCAUCGACCCUCUCGACAUGAGGGGCCGAACACACCGAGCCACACCUUUUACAUCCCCCACUGUCACCCAGUGACAACCCUCUCAGCUUCUGCGGCCGUCCCGCCAGCCGCUGCGCCCUGGCUGAGCCCACGACCAAGCAGCAGCAACAACAACUACUACUACUACGACGACGACGACGACGACGACGACGAGGACGAGCUGCAGUCUGGUCCUGCCAGCCACCGUCGCCUUGGGUUAUGAGGGCCUAAACCCCCAUUGGCAGUCGGUACCGUUGGCGGCGUCGCUUUGGUCGUCGUCUUCGUCCUCGUUCAGCCUCAAUUCCUCCCUCACCCCUCCCGAGCUGGGCCUUGCCGAUCGACUUUCAAAACCUCACCUCAUCCCACCUGUCCCGUCCCCCGGCCUCACAGCUGCGCCACCCCCGGCCAAUCAGCCUCGUUACCCAGAGACACUGAUUCACCCCCCUCUUGGCGACCUCACCACUCAUCGAGACCUCGAGAGAUCGACAUCGAUUUUCAGCUUCACUCUCACUCUUACUCCCGCCUGACAUGUCGCCGUCGCCAAUCGCCCGCGACCAUGUCAUCAUGGCCCGCGAUGCGUCGCCUGGCACAAUCGCCGGUGCCACCGUCGGCGCUGCAGCCGCCAUCAUCCUCAUGCUCGUGUGCAGUCUGCCCUUCAUACUAAAAGCGAGGAGAAAACGACGCCUGCGGAGACGCCAACAGCAAGAUGCCCUCCGUCCCGGCAUGGGCGUUGUCCCGAUGCGUUCGCGCCCAGUUUCCCAGACGUUCUCCCAGUAUCCCGCCAACCGACUCUCUCACCAGGGCCGUAUAGCCUCCACUGCGGGCACCUUGUCCGAUCGCGACUCCCAAAUUGGCAAAGAAUACGGACCAGACGGCAUCGUAUACCAUCAUGCGCCCCCUCCGCCGACUACCGCUGCCCGCCACCCGUUGCUCUCAUGCUCCCCCGCUCCCAGCGUGCCCUCACUGGCCGAAGCAGUCGCUGCUGCCAGCCGGAACGCUUCUCCGGCCGUUGCUCAAGGACCGUUUACACCUCCGCCUGAGGGUCAGCCAGAGCGAAAGGGAACCUUUGGGACUUUGACCACGGAGCCCGAGUCUCUAUCACGAUCAGCCACCGACAGUCUGCACGGUGCAUCGUCGAUAAAGGGAGGCGUCUUUCGAAAACUGAGUUCCAAGGUCUUCCACCGGGAAAGCACAAGAUCAAGCGGGAGUGAUCGUGGCACGGGGCCCAGGCCGUCCGAUAUGGAGCUCGAUGAUGACCGCACUGAGAACACCUCUGCUGUCCCGUACUUGCGUGACGAUACACCACCAGGAGGAGGAGCAGCCGACGAGUACUACAAGGCCGCAGCCGACGACUACGAAGCCGGAGCACCUCUGUCGCCCCCCGAGGAGCCUAAACUGCCGACCCCCGGGCCUGGCUCGCACUUUGUCCAUCUUAUUGGGAUGCCAGGGGCUUCUAUAGUGGGAUCAAUGAUGCCACACCCUGGAAGACAACAACUUCGAAGUCCGUCCAACUUCGCCGGGGCCCCGCCGAGUCCUACCUCGCCUCAAGUGAAGCAGGAGGAUCUGAGUGAAGAGGGCGGCCGGGGAAGGUCACUGGAGGCCCCAAGUGACACCCUGUCUCCGCCACCCAACAAAGACAGAGGCCUCCUUCCUGACCCCAGCCCAAAGCCUUUCGAGCCUCCACCCAGCCCAUACCGCCCCGCGCCUGGCACGGUCAACCCGAUGGAUAUGAUGAAACCGACGACUGCCGCCGAACAGGCUGCUUGGGUAGACACGGAAAUCUGGAAACUUGAAAACUCCCCUCCGCCUCAACUUGACAACACACCUCCCCCGUCCGAACCAUCCCCUCCUUCACAUCUCGAGUACUACUCGCCAUCUCAGUCACCACCUCCCCAACAAGCUCUCGUCGAACCUCCAACCCAACCUGACCGGCCACAUUUUCAGGCCGUUGUGCGACACCCGACACAAAUGGACGUCACCACCGAUGGGCAAGUCAUGCCCCAAAACGACGAGCAAAUCAUAACAGAUAUCUCCGACACCUCGUCACCUGGGUUUGACCAAUAUGCAUACGGCCCAUCCCCUUCGAAUCAUACCUCUCCAGAAACCCGUUUCACAGGGUCAAACUACACCGCUUCCCCGUCGCCACGAUCAUCCAUGUCAAACCGCCCCUCCAGUUCCUUCGAACCACCCGCAGACUACCUGGAGACGACCAUCAGCAACCAGUCACACGGUUCCGCAGUUGAAGACAGGAACUCAGCAUCGCCCAAGCCCACAUCAUUUGCGUGUGAGAUUUGUGGAAGCAAGUUCGACCAGGUGCACAAGUUGAAUCAUCACAAACGCUACCAUGAACGACCACACCAAUGCCCGCAAUGUGACAAGCGCUUCGGUACGAAAACACAUCUUGACCGGCACAUCAACGACAAGCACAAUAAAACACGAAAAUACCACUGCACGGUAACAGGGUGCGCUUACUCAAAACAAGGCGGCGGAAAGUCCUUCCCCAGAAAAGACAAUUGGCGAAGACACAUGCAGAAUAAGCAUCAACAGCCGAACCCUCCGGAGCCGGUGGAAGAGGAUGCUAUCAUGGCUGGAUGAGGAGGCACAUGUCUCUGGAGCAUAAUACCGACUUGACAACUUACCAUCCGCCGCAGUCAUCCGGCAUGUUAUACGUCCUGGAGCUAAAGCAGCCAUAUUCAGUCCAAGUGUUGCGAGACCUUGGUGGCGAGGUAUCGCGAAAGGGCUACUAAUGAGUGCUGAGCCACUCCCCAGGCCCUCGGCGGCAAGAUUUGCUUGCCAGGCUCGCCUCUCGGGCUGGAAGUCACUGAGCCUCCGCGCUGACUGAGUGUAAGAGAGCACUUUCUACAGAGUGACAAGGCGCCAUGGCCAGCAGUCGAAGCUCGUCGAAAUGGGUACGCUUCUGCCUAUGCAGCAGCCUCCGGAUGACACAAGGAAAUAGCGAAUGAGCAAAAUAAAUAGCGAGCUUUGGUGGCCAUAUCUCAGCCUGGGAACUGCACGGCCCGCCUUCAGGUGGCUCGAAUCCAUUGUGUUGCAAUGAGCGUCCAACUCAGCUGAUACAGUUCACUGUAUGAAUUUUUCACACUCGUUCCGCCGUCCGCAGUUGUACAAAGUGGUGGAUCUUUUGUAGGAACUGGACAUGACAAUAAAGAAAAAUCGUCCGUCGAGGCGUUUAUCGGAACACAGUACAAUCAUCGCUGAGCACGAGGCGACCAAGGACCACCAAGCAAUGGGGACAGCCCAAUGUCGAACAGCGGCUUGACUAGAACCCAAAAGCGAUGUUAUAUAUAUAAAAAGAGAAAAAAAAAGAGGACCUCAAGAAGA